GGAGUUGGUUCUAGCGAGAGCCUGGCUUUUCACCCCGCGGCGGCCAUCGGAAGUCUACGCCAGCACUUCCAAAUUCCACGCGCUGCUGAUCUCCAUCCAAUUGCUGAUGCCAUCGGCCAUGGGAUCCAGCUGGGCGCCUCCCGCGAGGGCUCUGCAACGGCGACGUGCCCGACAUGGCCUGGGUCAGCACCUGUGAGGGCUGCGCGCAUCUAAUUAUGCAGAACGCCUCGCCAUGCAUCGCACACGACGACCGGCAUGUGGCUCCCCGUGGCUAAAGCAGGGCUGUGGGCAAACUCCCGACGAUCCUCAACCCUUUAAAAACGUGCCCGGUGAAGCCGUUGCCCCGAGGCAAGCAGCGCACGAAUCAGCAGAGAGCCGACAAGCAAAGGCGCUCGCGGCACUCCGCCAAGCGAAGCUCGCGCUGCCGUGCUGCGAGUGCAGCCUCUGCUCGGACUUCUGGCACGGCGACCAACGGCGCCUGAACAGAGCUUCCGCAGAUGCACACGCCCCACCUGGAAAUGCAGGACAUGAAGGUGUCGCUCAGAUUACGUGUGCGGGCGCCACGCUCUACCAAACUGCACGCGGCCUCCGUCUCUCCCAUUGAAUAACACAGCCACCUCCAACAUCGAAGCGUGCGUCUGAUCCACACCCUCAAGGUGGAAGAGGUCCAGACUGUCCUCAACAUCCCUCCCACAGCGAAUGCAUUCCAUGGUGGGGGCGAAAAGCUCCGCCACGAUAACCCAGGCGCCUUCAGUGAUGAAGUCCAGGUCUACGGGCUGUUCAAGUCCACUCCGGCCGCGAUUGCGGCGCUCACCGCCGGCAUGUUGAUACGGAGACGGCCGAGGCCAGAGUGUCGCCUCCGAUGGUCGUCGCUGUCGUCGACCACCUCCACGAACAACGCACCAGAGAGGUCCCUGGGCGCCCCGAACAUGGACGACCGAACCUCGCGCUGGAACAGAUGGCUGCCGUCCUCGCCUCCGCCCGCACAGGCCCGCGCGGCGUCCGCGCUGCCGCCCAACACCGCGGCGGCGAACAUGCCGAUGUCGAGCUGCACCGCGCCGUUCCCCGUCUGCACCGGCGCGUCGGGGCCAAAGACCUCGAGCGUCCAGCCUGGAUCGAGCGCGCCGGCGCGUAUGGCGACGGGCCAGAGGUGCGGGCUCAGGAGCCGCAGGCGGGGGAGCUUCACCUGCACCGCGUCGGCGGGGCUCCACGCGGGGUGCUCCACGUCCACCCAAUCAGACGCCGCCCAGGCGCGGCGGCUCUGCACCCUUCGCGACGCGAGCUGCUCGGCAAUAUGUCCGUGUAAUUCAGACGCAGGGCGAGGUCCAGGAGCGAGCAGUGGGCGCCGCCACCCGGAGCAAGUCCCCGCCGCCGCGGGCAGCCUCCGCCGCCGGAUUGCUCCAGUCCUGGUAGGUGCGUCGGAGCAGGUCGUCGUCGUCGCUGGAGGCCGAGAAGAGCAGGGCCGCAACUCGGAGCUCGUGGAGCCCAACGAUGCCCCGCGCGCCGUCCCUCAGGACAAGGGCGUCCGGGUCGCUGCGCGCCGCGCUCAGCGCGGCUCCGAGGGCGCUCGAGGCGUCCAUUGCGGGUCACUGGGCGGGCUGGGGAGCACCAGGCUGCAGCUCUGGCCAACUGGCAACGGAUUCAGAGAUGUUCACGCACUCCAGACAAAGGUAACUGACAACCUACCAGACCACCCCAGCCUAACCCGAA